GUCGGCGAGAGUAUUUUCCAAAUCGUCCCUGAACGCAACCCUUUGUCACGUGACUCUGUUGACAGAUGACGUAUCCGUCAGCGAUGUGACGAACCGCUGCUGCAUCUGCACGAAAAGUUUCUGUCCGUCCACCUGCCUCGCCUCGAAAAUGGACCACAGUGGGAAGGAACAAGAAGCGGAGGCUUUGAAAAGGGAGGCGGACAAAAAGGCCAGCUCCGUCGGCGCGCUUGUUGGGCGGAUGUUCGGCGGAUCCUCCAAACCAGAAGAGGCCUGCGAUCUCUACAUCAAAGCAGCCAACAUGUUCAAGAUGACCAAGAACUGGACGGAGGCGGGGAAAUGUUUCUCCAAAGCCGGUCGGAUUCACCAACAGUCCGGGCGGCAGCACGAGGCUGCCAAUGACUUCAUCAACGCCGGGAACGCCUACAAGAAAGUGGAUCCAAAAAAGGCAGUCGAGCUGGUGACCAAAGCCAUCCACAUCUACACUGACAUGGGUCGCUUCACCACCGCAGCCAAACAUCACAUGACUCUCGGUGAAAUAUGUGAGACGCAGCUGGACGAUGUGACUCAGGCCGUCGUCCAUUACCAGCAGGCGGCAGAUUACUACAAAGGAGAAGAAUCCACGAGCUCUGCCAACAAUUGCCUUCUAAAAGUGGCGGCUCACGUGGCACUGCAGUAUCAGUACCAGAGAGCCGUGCAGAUCUACGAGCAGAUCGGCACCUACUGCAUGGACAGCCCGCUGCUCAAGUACAGUGCCAAAGACCACUUCUUCAAGGCGGCGCUGUGCCACUUCUGCAUCGACAUGCUCAACGCCAAACUCGCUGUGCAGCGAUACCAAGAAAUGUUUCCAGCUUUCUCCGACUGCAGAGAGUGUAAAUUGUUGAAGAAACUUCUGGAAGCUAGUGAAGAAGGAGACGUGGACGCGUUCACUAAUGCGGUCAAACAGUUCGAGUCCAUCACUCGGCUGGAACCCUGGGCCUCCAGCCUGCUGCUGCGGGUGAAAGACACCAUCAGACACCAAGAAAUCGACCUCCGCUGACCGUCAUUGACCCUCCGAACUGGACCAAAUAUUUUUACCUCCUUUAUCUUUUUCUACUGACAACAACUCCAGGUGUAAACUCAGAUUAUUUUUCUUAUCCCAGUUCGGCCCUCUGAGAGUGUAGCCGUGAUGUCAACCACCUUUAAGCCGUACUGUUUGUGUGGGAGGAAAGAGCCCUGCAUGCUUGGGGAGUUUCUGUUAAAAGCUUUCAUCCAAUUUGACCCAUUUGUUUUUUUACAUCUCCGAAAACGUUUGCCAAGAGCGUUCGUGGAACACCUCAGCCUUCUUCUAACUUGUGUGUCACCAGCUAUAACAUUAUGAACGCCUGUCCGUGGCUGUUGUGAUGAAACACAUUGACAAGCUCCCUGUGGAACAACGGUUCUGACCACUGCAGGAGUAACACUUGCUGUGUUUUGUUUUGCAUCUUGAAAUAAAAAUGACUU